GUGUGUGUGUGCUGCUCUCAGCUCACUAAAUGAAUGGAUCCUGCUCGCGAAUGGGCGAUUUUUCAAGAAUCAUCUAAUUCUGGAUUCAAUGCAUUUAUCACUCGGGAUCAGUGAUGACUUGGCUUCUGAUGUGGGUUCUACUAUUUGCUUGUGUACCACAGAUUCACAGAGCAUUUGCCCAGGAUUCCUCUAAGAUGCUGUCCACACCAGACCCCGUCACCCCGGAGCCCUAUAACCGCACUCAGUUCUGCCAAUGGCCCUGCAAAUGUCCUAAAACUCCCCCCACCUGUCCGCCAGGUGUGAGCUUGAUCAUGGAUGGCUGCGAUUGCUGCAGAGCAUGUGCCAAACAGGUAGGGGAGGUUUGCAACGAGAAAGAAAACUGUGACCAUCAUCGUGGCCUUUACUGUGAUUACAGCGCAGACAAGCCUAGGUACGAAAAAGGAGUAUGUGCCUAUCUGCCAGGCACUGGCUGUGAGCACAAAGGUGUGAUCUUUCGCAACGGCCAGAGCUUCCAGCCCAAUUGCAAAUACCAGUGUGUGUGUGUGAAUGGGGCGAUCGGAUGUGUGUCGCUGUGUAAUGAGUCUCAGCCUCCCAGGGUUUGGUGCCAGAACCCCCGCCGAGUUAAAAUCCCCGGCCGUUGCUGUGAGCAGUGGAUCUGUGAUGAGUCCAGGAGGGGGCGCAAGACAGCACCAAGACACACAAUGACUGCCCUGUCUAGUGUAAAAGACAACUGGCACAAGAACUGUGUGACCCAGACAACCACCUGGAGUCCCUGCUCAAAGACCUGCGGCCGUGGUGUAUCUUUACGCAUUACUAACAACAACAAGCAGUGUCAGAUGGUCAAAGAGAGCAGACUCUGCAACAUCCGGCCUUGCAAAGUGGACAUCACAAAACACAUCAAGCCUGGAAAGAAGUGCUUGAACAUCUACAGGGAGGACAAGCCACACAACUUCACUAUCUCAGGCUGCACCAGUACAAACACUUACUGGCCCAAGUACUGUGGAGUGUGUAUAGAUGAGCGCUGCUGCAUCCCUUACAAAUCUAAGACUGUUGAGGUCGACUUUCAGUGCCCGAACGGAUCUGGCUUUAGCUGGCAGGUCAUGUGGAUUAACGCCUGCUUCUGCAACCUGAGCUGUAAAAACCCCAAUGACAUAUUUACAGAUCUAGAACAGUACCAUGAGAAAGGUGAGGUUGGAAACUGAAUGUAUGUGACCUUGCAGAAAAAAAACAAUAGAAACAUUAUUUGGGUGAAAAGCCAUAGAUUUUUUUAAAAAUAAUUUUUAAUACGAGACUUUUGCCUAAUGGUAAAACUGAAAUAUAUCCUAAUAUAUUCUAUUUUAAGACUAUGUGGCCUAUUGCAA